CCGCGAAGGCAGCAUGUAACCCGGAAGUGGCGGGACAGAGUAGCGGAAGUGAGUGGACGGCGGCGGCGGCGGCAGGUCCGAGUCCGGAUUUAACUUCACGCUGUCGGUGUCACACGUUUCGUCGGUGGCGGUUUGUCGGGAGUCAACGUGUCCGAGUUCAUGACGCCGCCGAGUUUCACGGUAACGGAAUCACAGCCAGCCGCGGAGAACCCGCCGGUUAGCACGAAGCGAGCUAAUGCUAACGUCCCUCAGCUAGCGUACGAAACGAACGUACGUGACUAUCGAUGAUUCCUUUAAACCGUUUCCAGCCGAUGUGAACGAGUCCACGAAGGACCAAGACCCGCCGAGGAGCAAACCAGCAGAUGAUCGGUUUGCGUUGAAGUGCCAUGUCGAACCCUACGAUAAACGUGUGCCUGUCCGGUGACCCGGCACAGAAGAGAACAGGGAAGUGGAAAAACCGACGGUUUUAUAAAGACGUGCAGCACUCGGGGCAACAGGGAUACGUGGAAGGGAAACGGAGAGACGACCCCCCCGGCGGGCCCAGACAUUACCAGACCCCGCUCCACAACGGCGUGGGCUCAGCGCCGCCGUCACCUGCCGCUUCCACACAAAGCACCAGUUUACCUCGGCCGGGCGGCACGUUGCACUGCAGCUCUUGGCCUCCAGCUUCCACCCACCGCCGGCCUGCCUCCACUCUGACCGCGAACAGCCGAGGAGGCCACGAGAAGCCAAAGGAGCCCGUGAGCUUAAAAUCAGCAGCCGCCAACCCCGGCCCCUCGGGAUCGAGCAGCCCGAAACCCGCUGCCACAUCCACCGCCAUCCCCACGAAGUUCCUCGCUAUGGACUGUGAGAUGGUGGGGACGGGACCUAAAGGGCACAUCAGCCAGCUGGCACGCUGCAGUAUAGUGUCCUAUGACGGCGACGUCAUUUACGACAAGUUCAUCAACCCCUCCAUGCCCGUUACUGACUACCGCACCCGAUGGAGUGGAAUCCGGCACAGGGAUCUCAUCAAGGCCACGCCGUACUCGGAGGCCCGGAAGGAGAUACUGAGGCUGCUGAUGGGGAAGGUUGUGAUCGGCCACGCCAUCCACAACGACUUCAAGGUGCUCGGUUACUCCCACCCCGCUGCCUUGACCAGAGACACGUCGCGGAUCCCACUGCUCAACUUGAGGGCGGGCUUCGCUGAGCACGAGUGUGCGUCACUGAAGAGACUCACCAAGGCCAUUUUUAACCGCGACAUCCAGACUGGGAAGAAGGGUCACUCGUCUGUGGAGGAUGCGAAAGCCACAAUGGAGCUUUACAGAGUGGUGGAGGAGGAGUGGGAGAGGAGGUUCGCCUCCAAACCGCAGGGCAGAUAACGCCAGGUCUGCGGAGACGCCGUGGAAGUUGAACUGAAUAGUAAUGAACUUUGAGGUGCAGCAGGUAUGUGAACUCACUGCAGCUUCGCAGGAUCAACCCACUUUAGUGUCCCGUCAACAAGCGAAUGAAGAAACCAGGAAGAGGGAAGCUGCUCGUUCAGAGCACUGGAGAAGAAGAACACGAGCGACUGACGAGUCGCACACUUUGCAGAGACCUUGAGUUUCAACAGAAAGAUUCUUUCUCAGGUUUCUGUGUGUUAAGAUGGUGCAUCUGCCACUAGGGGGCAGUCAUGUAUUCAUCCCAGCAACAAACAUACAUUAUUGAAACAGCAUCUGUGAUGGCAAACACCAAAAAAACCUGUUUUAAUCAGAGCAGACGUUCAGCUUCUCCUGGACAAGGUCUUGCUCCUGAUGGAAAAAAACAUUUUCAAGUCUGACCUCAACUGCUGCUGAUGGAGCUCCAUCAUGUGUCAAUCAUUAGUGCAGAUUUCUAUGGUUUUUAAUUGUCUUUUAAUUCAAAUCAGAGACACAGAACUGGCACAUUAUUCUUUGAGGAACAUGCAGUGAUGUUCUUUUGGGCCGUAGCCAGGAUUUAAGAUACCGAGGUCACGGGGGAAGCUUCUGUUGCAGUAGUUUCUAUUUGAUCAUUUCCACACACAUUUUAAAAAGUGACUAAAUAUCUUGUUUAGUUUUUUUAUCUAAAUGUUUAAAAAAAAAAAAAAAGCAAAGAUUUGUGAAGCUUGCUCUAUCAGACGAAGGUGUUGGUGAUGCACAGUAGAUAAUUCUAUAAGCUCAACAACACCACAGGUUCCGGUGCGUACGAGCAGGAGGUUCAAAAUCUAAAUGAAUGUAGUCGCUGAUCAUGGUCUUGGCAAUGAAUUGUACAGGUAACAUCCCCCCCCCCCAAAGUAUGUGGGGGGGGUGUGACCUCAGUGGUGCUACAGCCACUUGGCUCCUUUCACAGGCUGACGUAUACAAACUCAUCAGAGUGGCUGAUUAAAAAGAAACAAAAAGAUGGA